AAGUUGUUAGCAUCGACGUCAUCAUUGCGCGCCAGACCCCGGAAAUAAAACCUCUUUGUUUUUGUCGCCUUUAAAUUAGCUUAACUGUGUCUUUAACAUCUAAUAAACUUUGAUAACUUACAAUAUUCCCUCAUGGAGGACAUGUACGUCAAACCAGGCAACCAGGAACGAGGAUGGAACGACCCACCGCAGAUGUCUUACGGCCUGCAGAUGGCCCGGGGACCACAGAAGAACCUUCUGAACAAAAGAGCAGCGCUGCCUGGUGUGGCUCCACCUCCCAAGACUCCUCAAGCCAGUCCUCCAAGUGCACCCCCCUCUUGUGGUGUAGCCCCGCCUCCUACAGCCCGCCUUGCUGGCUGGAUGGCCACGCCUUCUGCUGCUGCAAGGCCAACGAAGAUUCCGAGUGACGACGACGGCGGCCAAUCAGAGGGUGAGCCCGACAUGGAGGGCGUGGUCAAGGUGCUCCAGCAAGCACUGGCUGCAUGCAGACGUGAAGUCACACCUCAGGUGUGUAGUGACGUGGAAAAGAGACUCCGCAUCUUUCAGGACAGUUGGACUCGACUGAGUCUCCCUGUGAGGAGACGCAUGAAGACAUUGUCUCUAGAGCUGCAGGCUUGUAGGUGGGACCGGGCCGAUGAGCUCCACCGCUCCCUGAUGGUGGAUCAUGUGACCGAGGUGAGCCAAUGGAUGGUCGGUGUGAAGCGACUCAUCGCAGAGACCAGAAAACUUAGUCCGGAAGCUUUAGAAGUGCUUAAGGACUCUGAAGGACCAACACUGGACUCUUCACAGAAUGACGUGUUGCAAUUGUGAUGUCGUCGCACACUCCCAUGUUUUAAAACCAAAGCAGCUAGGGUUGGUCGCCAUGGCAGCAGGAGGUCAAAGGUCGCUUUUGUCUGUGUGCUGUUCAAAGUUGUUCAUCACUAAAAGGACAUCUGACAAAAUGAAAACGCUUCUCAAAUAUGUCUUCUGUCGUUAGUGGCCGCAGUGACGUCAUGUGACCAGUAGGAGGCGGCAAGGUUUCCUUGUUCAUGACACUGGUAAAGAUCAUAACAACCAUGUGACCUCAAGUGGAUUUAAGCCAAUAAGAGAUGCUCUUUUGUUAUUUUGAGCAAAGGUGUGCGUAAUGCUCUUGUGGGGUUUGGACCUGGCUUGGCACCAGCCUGGCACCUUCUUGGCACCAUCUUGGUGCUGCUGUUGAGGGAAGGUUCGAGGCGAGCGAGGUGGUGUUUAGUGUUUACUGUGUAGGUGUAGCGAAGACACUUACAUGACUUUUUACUAACAAGAUGCU